AAUGUCAAAGGUCACCAUAACCACCCUUUUCUUGGUAUCCCUUCUCCUCUGCGCCUCGCUUACAUGUAACGCUCGCCCGGAACCUGCUGCUCUUCCCAAUGAUUCUUCUGUAAAAACCAAACAUGCGGAUUCGAAAGCAAAGAAAGCCGAGGAGAUUGAAAGUUGUGAUGGGAUCGGGGAGGAUGAAUGCUUGAUGAGAAGGUCCCUUAACGCUCAUACUGAUUAUAUCUAUACACAGGAUGUAAAUCCAUGAUCUCCAUUCAUGUUCUUC